UGCUUGUUUCUAUGGUGGGAUUUGUCAACACUGCUUCUUUGCAUUGACGAGUGAAUUCAAAGAGUUGAACAAGGUAACAGUGAAGAUUCGAAUCUUUCCGUUCUGAGUCGUUCAUUAUGGUUCAGUCCGUCGUGUUCGACACACAGCAGCCGUGUCCGUACACGGACGUUUCGUAGUACUAAACAGACUCAAACAACACCACAACUAUUACAGGAAAAAAACCACAACGACAUCGAUUUAUUUUUGUGAUUUAUGUGAAGACGUUUCGUUGGAGCUGUUUUCUCCAGGUCUGGAAGUCAGGAAUGAAGGCUCCCACGGGCUGAAGUGAAUUACUUUUUUUUUUUUUUUUUUUGUCGUCUUUUGUGGCGUUUUCGUGUCCUCAGCAAGUCACACCGACUGUCGAAGCAGAUCUUCUGACGGCACACUGGACACCAUGUCUCAAAACAACGACGAAAAGUGUCACCUUGUGAUGACCCUCAAUGCUACUGAUCGCUGUGCGUUUGUGAAGAACACCACGGACUGUAGGACAGAAGACGGAUUCAUCAACUACCUUCAGGUGGCCUUCUGUCUGCUCCCCCCAAAUCUCACGCCUCUCACCAUCACAUUGUGUGUUAUAUGGUUGCUCUUUUUGUUCGUUGUUCUUGGGCUUACUGCAUCAAAAUUUUUCUGUCCCAACCUGUCAGCACUAGCAGCUACUCUGCACCUCACUCACAAUGUGGCUGGUGUCACGUUUCUGGCACUUGGUAAUGGAGCUCCAGAUAUCUUUAGUGCCAUAGCGGCUUUCUCCUAUCCACACACUGCUGGGCUGGCUGUCGGAGCAUUAUUUGGAGCUGGCAUAUUUGUUACCACAGUUGUUGCAGGCAGCGUGGCACUGGUCAAGCCUUUUGUUGUUGCAUCGCGUCCAUUCCUGCGUGAUGUCAUAUUCUACAUGGCAGCUGUGUUUUGGACCUUUGUUAUUCUUUACAAAGAAUCCACAUCACUGCGUGAAACACUGGGGUAUCUGGGACUUUAUGUGGUGUAUGUAUUGACUGUUGUCCUCAGCGCGUAUAUCUACUCCCGGCAGAAACAUUCAGCGAAUUCCACAGUUGAGAAUACUGCACAUAAUUCUGCAGAUACUGAGUCUUCCGAUUCAGAUGAUGACAUUUCCUACUUGAAUAGUGCGAGUGUGCAACAGGAAUACGAGGCAGCAUAUACGCCACUUCUGCACUACUCUGCGUCUACGGGUCACAUCCUAUGGAAUUCUCUCAACCCAGUGGACGGCAGAAAGUGGAGGAGGAAAUCAUGGCGCUGGAGAGUCCUCAAAGUCUUGAAGACACCAGUGGAGGUGCUGCUGCUGCUCUGUGUCCCUGUGGUGGACCCUGACAAAGAAGACAAAAAUUGGAGACGUCCACUGAACUGUCUUCAGCUGGUCACUGCUCCACUGGUGUGUCUGUUGGCCUUCCAGUCUGGAAUAUAUGGAGAUUAUAUGAUUCAAGGGGACUUUCCUCUUUGGCUGCUGAUUCUUCUCCUCGGCAUGUUCUUAUCUGCUUUAGUCUUCUGCAACACCACCAAUGAGUGUCCUCCAAAGUAUCACCCACUGUUUGCACUUCUGGGUUUUGUGGUAAGCGCAGUGCUGAUCAGUGCAGUGGCCUCUGAGGUGGUCAGUCUGCUGCACAUGCUGGGUGUGGUACUCAGUCUCAGCAACACCGUGUUGGGUCUGACUCUGUUGGCCUGGGGAAACAGCAUUGGAGACUGUUUUUCUGACAUCACCAUCGCACGGCAGGGUUACCCACAGAUGGCCAUAUCCGCCUGCUUUGGAGGGAUUAUUUUUAACAUGCUGUUUGGUGUGGGUUUGGGCUGUCUGGUGCAGAUGGUGAAAACACACUCAGACGUUCAGUUUGAGCCAGGGACUUUGCUGACGUGGGUUCUUGCAGGAUCUCUGGGUUUGUCUUUGGUUCUGUCAUUCGUUGUCAUUCCACUGUGCAAGUUCCGCUUGAGACGGAUUUAUGGUGCCUUUCUCCUGGCUUUCUAUGUUGUCUUCCUUCUCAUUGCCCUGCUCACAGAAUUUGGAAUUAUCCACACUGUGUAGCACCUGGGCCACUGAACUGUGGGAUCCGCUUCUUUAAAGGGAAAUGAGACUACGACGGAGGCUGCACUCAGGGAACAGACAAACCUGCUGCACUUAUUAAUGCACUUUCACUUAAAAUGCAUUUAUUUAAGAACAAAUGUUAAUGUCUGCUACUCAGACACGCUGAGUUUGGUUAAUGGACUCAAAUGGAGGAAACAAAAGUUUUCUGCUUUAAGACAGUUGAAAUUAAUCACAUGUGCCUUUGUACAAACUGCUGUUUCAGGUAAUGGGAGCUGUAUUUUUCUAAGUCCAGAGUGAAAAAGAGGUUUUAAAAAUCUUUGAAUUAUAUUUUUUAUGUUUUCCGUGUGAGUGAACUGAGUGUGCUGUAAAUCAAAGAUGAUAUCUUGUUCAAAGCUGCUUUUGUGUUUGGAAUUUUUAAACCAGAUAUCUAUGAAGUUCUUAAAGCAACACUGUGGAACAUUUGCCUUUGAGUCCCCCCCACAGGUGCAAAGCGUAAUUCUGCUUUUCACCACUGUCAUAAAUAGAAGUGAAGGUCUCAGCCUCCCCAUGGGCAGGAGGAGUCAUGCCCUUGUUGACAAGUUGAUGGAAAAUGAACGAACAACCUCAGAUGCCACAGAGGUAGAGCAGUGUCACAGGAUUUUACACAAAUAUGAUUGCAUUGUUUUAUUUAGGGUGAUGGUCUAGUGGUUGAGCUUGAGACCAGAGGAUCCUCGGUUCAAAUCCCAGCCUGACUGGAAAAUCACUAAGGGCACUAGGGCAAGGUCCUUAAUCCCCUAGUUGGUCCCGAUGUGUAGUGGGCUCCUUGCAUGGCAGCAGCCUGACAUCAGGGUGAAUGUGAGGCAUUGAUGUGUAAAGCGCUUUGAGCGUCUGAUGCAGAUGGAAAAGCGCUAUAUAAAUGCACAUUUAUUGUCAUCAGAGAUGAAAAGUAACUUAAAAUGAAUGAUGAAAAGAAUGACAGUAUUUUUAGUUUUGCUGAAAUACAGCUUGUGUUUUUAGCGCGUAUACUUUGUGACAUUGUUUGGUAAGUGUUUGAAUAUGGAGUGUGUUUGUAACGGAACAUAAUGUUGCUGUAAUAAUGGUACCCAAUGUAUAACAAGUAUUGACGAGUACUGAUGUCCAAGCUUGUUAUGUAGCAAAAAAUGUGAACAUCACCUCAGACUACUUGCCAGCUCAACCGCUUGUUAAAUACGCUUACCUGGCUUAUGGUCAGAAACCAUCAAGUCCACAUCUUCACUAACAACUAAACAUCAAGCAAUAGUAAAAGCCGGUCCGAGAGUCACACCAACUAGUUUGCUUGGUCACUCUUCAGUUUCUUCAGGGGCUCUGCCAUGAUGUACAUCCUGAGAAUACUGAGCUGCUACCUGAACUCCACCUGUGUAAUAACCUUUGAUCUGGUGUAUGAUGUACGAGUAUGUCUUAAACUGUGCAAAAAAUUUGCAGUACUCACCAGAUGUGUUCCAUCACAGCAAUGACAAGAGACAUCGUUCUCGCUUGUAUAACUUAGUAUACCAACAAAAUGAGUUUGAAGCCGUUAUUUUA